AUGGCAUCUCGCGCAUUAUUGCGACAAUGUGCGAGUGGAAUUAACAAAUCCUAUCCUGGAUUAACCAGAUCACUCUCGAGUAAGAGCACUGAUGUACAAAAGAAACAACCUGAAACAAAACGCAAAGAUUUCGAAACGACUGUGAUGACGCAAGAAGAAAUCAAAUAUAUGCAAGCUUUGAAGUCUACAAUUACUGUAGGCGAGGAGGAUGUAGGUUGUGUAUCCGGUGUACCUGAGGUGCACAUUAAGACUCGCAGAGUUCGGAUUUAUCAACCUGCUAAAAACGCCAUGCAAUCAGGAACGAAUAACAUUCAUUUCUGGCAAAUGGACUUUGAUACGCGCGAACGUUGGGAGAACCCGUUGAUAGGAUGGACUUCCAGCGGAGAUCCCAUGUCAAACGUGCAAGUCAAUUUUACGACGAAAGAGGAGGCGAUUGCACAUUGCAAGAAAAUGGGAUGGGACUAUUAUGUACAGAAACCGAAUGUCAAUCAACCGAAGCCCCGUAGUUAUGGCACAAACUUUUCAUGGAAUAAGCGUACCAGGGUCUCGACGAAAUAGGCGCUUCCAGGUUGUCAUUUGCAAUUUUGCGCCAUAGCUACGAUGAGGUUCAUCGUUAACUGUAGUAAUUUAAAAUCUCUGCGAUCAUUAUAUAUAAUGUGACAUGACACAUAUUAUAUAUAAUUAUUACGCACGUGUACUAUAAUGCAAA